CACGUCGUUUUCUCCCAAGGAAGGCAACAGCACAAGGUAUCGAGGAUUGAGGUCACUACUUCACGGUUAUUUCUGGGAAGUUCAGUGUACCUAGCAAGUCAAGCAUUUUAGUUCUUAUCGCUUGUACAUGUUUCGGUCCCCUCCCAAAUAUUUCAACAUGGCGGAAUCGAAACUUUUGUCUCGCCUCUCAGAAGACUUCCUUGAGUGUCAGAUCUGCCUGCAGCCCUACCGCCGGCCCAAGGUACUGUCUUGUCUUCAUUCCUUCUGUCAGCAGUGUCUUGAAGAGUUUCUGAAGAAACAAAAGGUCAAAACCGAGCUAGAUUGCCCCACCUGUCGUAGCAAGACUUUACUUCCGGGUGGUGGGGUCGCGGGACUGAAAGAUAAUUUCUUCGUGGAGAGCCUGAAGGACACGGUUGACGUCCACAAGAAGCUGACUAAUGAAGGAGAGAGUCUGGUCUGUGGUAGCUGUGAGACCAAGUCAGAAGCGGAGUCCUUCUGUACGGAAUGUGGCGACUUUCUGUGUGACGAAUGUGUAGCAAUUCACCGUCGUCUAAAGGUCACUAGAGGUCACCAGGUGAUCGGCGAAGAGCUUCUCAAGGCGGAAUCCGACACCGUUAGGAUCAAGCCUCGUCCCCUACCACCGUGUAGGAUCCACUCACAGGAGAUCCUAAAAUUCUUCUGCGUUGACUGUAGCGAGGCUAUUUGUCAGGUAUGCACCGUUCUGUCCCACAAGGACCACAAGUACGAGUAUUUUGCUGACACAGCUGUGAAGGCAAAAGAAGACAUACUUGCUCUUCUUGCGAAAACAGAGAGAAAGUUGGAAAAUCUUAAGAAAGCCGACCAACAGGCGCAGGCACAGAAGGCUGAGCUGGAGAAAAAUGUCACCGAAACUCUCGAGAAAAUCAAGAGAACAUCAGAAGAAACUAAAGAGAACUUAGUGAAGCUGGUCAAUCAACAAGAGACCGAGUUACUGAGUUAUGUGAACACAGUGAGCCAGACCCGCAGUAAGGAGUUCUCCACCGCUAUGGAAGAGAUAGAAACGGCGACUGUGGCGUUAGAGAGCGCGGCAGAGUUCGGACGGAACAUCGUGGAACAUGGGUCGGAGUUUGACAUCAUGGCGGUUAGUGGAGAAGUGAGCAGUAGACUGAACAAACUGUUGCUGGCAGAGACUGCUGAGGACUACGUAUUAGCUAAGAAAGCCUACAUCGCAUUUGAGGCGGACAAGACUAUAAAUAUGAAGAAGCCUAGACUGGGACUACUCAAGACAAGGCAAGGUUGUAACAAGACAAUACACUGUGAGCACUAG